UAUACAACUUUAUCCCAAAAAAAAAAAAUCCACUACAUAAUUCGAAAAACAUUGCAAACUCCACAAUAAGAUUAUAUGGAGCUCCAAAACACCAAAGAUGAUUUUCCGACUCAAUUGGAUAUAUGUAAAAUCCAGGCUUCUUCUUCCAUCAAGAACAAAAGUAAUUAAGUUAGUACUUAUCAAACUACGAAAUCAUGUCUCACCUAAAAUUUCACCAACAAUCAACCACAGACAACAAAGGAUUAAAAAAAUAAAAAUCUAGUGCUACUCAUUUUGAAGAAAACACAAAUCCAUAAAAAUGAGCGAGGCAAAGCAGAUUUUAUAUAAAAUGAGAAAACCAAAAUUUAUAAAAGAAAAGAAAAUCAGUUGAAUUUGAAGUGAAAAGCCCGCUGAUCCAUCAUCGCCGGCUACAGCAAGCUCCGGCGGCAGGCAGUCUUCAUCGCAGUAGAAGCAGAGAAAAGACGACGACAGGGGUAGAGAGAAGAAGACGGAGCCACCAGCACCCGACAAAAGGAGGGCGGCGUCCGAUACCCCACGCUCCCCGCGCCGCCCCUGCACCGCCCCUGACUGCUCAGAUAAGAUCAAGUAGAUUGUGCCCUAGCUCCACUGCUGCCCUUGCUUAUAUAGAGCUCCCGAUUACACGUCAUCGUCUCUUUGUGGAUUUACUUAAACACCCUUUUAUACAUCAUCCUACCAAAAUCAAUUUGCUUUCCAGAAAACCUUAACCCUAGGCUACUCCCACGACUCCAAUCCAAUUGCUCCCUCCCUCUCUCAUCUCAGUUUCUGUACAUUGGAAUGGAAUUCUGUUUCUAAAAGCUUGAUUGGAUAGGAAGACAUCAUUUUUCAAUAAGGCCGUAGAUUAUGGCGGAGCCCUCAAAAGUCAUUCAUGUUCGUAACGUCGGUCAUGAAAUUGCUGAGAAUGACUUGUUGCAGCUGUUCCAGCCAUUUGGAGUUAUUGCCAAACUUGUGAUGCUUCGAGCCAAGAAUCAGGCCCUCCUACAAAUGCAAGAUGUUCCUUCUGCAGUAAAUGCAUUGCAGUUCUACAGUAAUGUCCAACCGAGCAUAAGGGGCAGGAAUGUUUAUGUCCAAUUCUCAUCACACCAGGAACUAACGAUUAUGGAUCAAAGUUCGCAAGCACGUGGAGACGAGCCUAACCGAAUCCUCUUAGUUACGAUACAUCACAUGCUAUAUCCUAUUACUGUGGAAGUGCUGCAUCAAGUGUUUUCUCCCCAUGGAUUUGUAGAGAAGAUCGUCACGUUUCAGAAGUCGGCUGGUUUUCAAGCUCUAAUACAGUAUCAAUCGCAUCAAAGUGCUAUCUCAGCUAGGAACUCUCUUCAGGGACGAAAUAUAUAUGAUGGUUGCUGUCAGCUAGACAUCCAGUUCUCAAACCUUGAUGAAUUGCAAGUGAAUUAUAAUAAUGAGCGUUCUAGGGAUUUCACAAACCCUUCCUUGCCUUCGGAACAAAAGGGCAAAUCCUCUCAACCUGGAUAUGGAGAUCCAAGCAUAUAUCCCCAUGCAGUGGGAUUUGCACAGUUGGGCAAUGCUGCGGCAAUUGCUGCUGCCUUUGGAGGGGGUCUCCCACCCGGUAUAAGCGGUACAAAUGAGCGGUGCACAGUUCUUGUAUCUAAUCUGAAUGCUGAUAGAAUAGAUGAGGAUAAGCUGUUUAAUUUGUUCUCGAUAUAUGGGAACAUUAUUAGAAUCAAACUUCUCCGAAACAAACCAGAUCAUGCAUUGGUACAGUUGGGUGAUGGUUUUCAGGCUGAACUGGCUGUUCAUUUUUUGAAGGGGGCUAUGCUGUUUGGAAAGCGCUUGGAGGUUAACUUUUCAAAGCAUCCAAACAUUACCACUGGAGCUGAUACGCAUGAGUACUCCAACUCAAAUCUCAAUCGUUUCAAUCGAAAUGCAGCCAAAAAUUACAGGUAUUGUUGCUCACCAACAAAAAUGAUCCACAUCUCAACUCUCCCCCCGGAUGUAACUGAAGAAGAAAUAGUAAAUCAUUUGGAAGAGCAUGGAACAAUUGCUAGUACAAAACUGUUUGAGAUGAAUGGAAAGAAGCAGGCUCUUGUCCUUUUUGAAAAUGAGGAGCAGGCUACAGAAGCUCUUGUGUGCAAGCAUGCUACUUCCCUUGGUGGUUCAACCAUUCGAAUUUCCUUCUCUCAGUUGCAAACCAUUUGAGAAACUUCAUUGCCAAUUAGAGAGAUGGAUCCAUAGACUGUGCAAAGAAGUAAAAAGGUGGGAGCAUAAAAUUGAACCUCUCUCCCCCUCUCCUGUUUCCUUUACUUGCAAUGGACUAAAACUGUGUACUACAUAAAUUUGUACUGAUUUUACAGUGGGUUGUGCAAAUUUUUUUUCUUCCCAA